ACCGCCUGCCUGACGGACACACAACCCCAGCGAGUACUGCAGUCGGAAAGCGGUCGUGAUCGUUACCUACAGUAGGCUAUAUAUUUAUGGAGCGCACUGUACAGCAAUCCACAAUGAAGUAGAUCAAUGUAGAGGAAUAGAAGGCUAUGUUUGCAUUUUAUUAAAAACAUUAACACUAGAGCAUAGCAAGCUAUCUACCACCCCACGAGCUGUGCUGCCUUUUGUCGCUGGGAAAACCAGAGGAAAGGAUUUAUCAACAAGUUCCCACCAUAAGCUCGGGUCAGCUGCAAUCUCCAUGGUCGUGCAGGUAGCUGAUGGAAGAUCAGGCACUCCGACAGCCCGUCAUGGUCUCCAGGCUGCCCAAGUUUGGCUCCAGACCCCCAGGGGGCGCCCACCAGCCCGUGCCCAACGGCUCCGCCAUCCCCUCUGUGCCCGCCGGGGGCAAAGCGCUGGCACCAGCGCGGCAGAAUGGCAUAGUGCGCCCACCCCCCACCCUCUCCUACAAGUGGAAAGAGAAGGUGGAGCCUGAGGAGGGGAGAGCUGGAGCUUAUCGCCCCCAGCACCAGCAGAGGGCGCCCAUCACGGCGCGGGAGAUAAAGAGGCCAACGGUUCCCAUGGCGAUGCCAGUGCAUCGCUCCGCGCCGUCCGUCGCCAGUCCCUUCUACAGAGCUACCCAUCAUCCCGCCCAUCAGCCCGCCCCCUCGCGCCUCGUGGCCAAUCACGGCCUGUCGAACGGCUUGAUGCCAGGUGCCGCUCACGACGGCCUGUCCAGGUCCAGCGACAGCCUCCGCCUCCUGCCGCCGGACCACAUGGUUCGCUCGCAGAGCUUCAGUCACAUGACGCGGGGACCCGGCUCAGGGGCUGCCCCGAUCCCCCGCUCCUACUCCUUCAACCAGGAGCUGCCCCGUCCGAACGCCCGACUGGCGUCGUCUGCCCGCUCCUCCAUUGCUCUGCCCGUCCCCGUGCUCAACGGAGCCAGGGGGGGCAAGACCACAGGCAUUGCUCGUCCGUACCCAGCGGGCAGCUUACUGCUGGCCCCAGCCAAUCAGAAGAAGCCCCUGCUCACUGGACCAGCCCCCAACAAGCCCUCGGCGCUCAGCUACAGGCUGAUGAGGCCUUCACUCAUCCGACAGCCCCGCCCGACGCCCAUCGGGAGGGCGCAGGAGGAGCCGGUGAAGGAGCAGAAGGAGGUGAAGGAGCAGAAGGAGGUGAAGGAGCAGAAGGAGGGAUCACAGGGGGCAUCUGCGGAGGAUGGCCUUGUUGCCCCACACCCCAGCUGCCCCAUGAAGAGCUCCACGAGCCCCACUGCUGCUCCCACAGAGCUCUCAGAGCUGCCAGCCCAGCCCAAAGCAGCCGAGGCCAGAGCAGAUGAGCUCAGAGAUGAAGAUGUCAAAGCAGAUGAGGCCAGAAUAGAGGAUUCCAGAGAUCAGGAUCAAACAGAGCUUGAGUCCCUAGUAGCUGAGUUCAGACUAGAUGUGAUCAGAAUAAUGGAUUGCAGAGAACAGGAGUCCAGACCAGAUUGCCUGUUAAUGCAUCCUGAAUUAGACAAGGCUGAAACAGAUGAACCCAGAGCAGCAGAUCUUAGUAUAAUCAAGACCAGAGCAAUCGAUCCCAGAGUGGAUGAACUAUCACUAUCACUAUCAGUGGAUGACGAGCCCAACGCCAAUGACUUCAGUGCAGCGGCAGACAGGGGUGAUCUCCAGGAGUUGUCCCCAGGCGAGAGCUGUGAUCUGGGGGCCGAGAGGGCGGAGGGAGUCCCUGAGCUCUGCGUCACCUCCGUCACAGGCGAGCCCCUGGAGGACAUGUCCCUGUCCUCCACCUCCUCCUUGGAGCGCACCCACGACGACACCAGCGAGGAGUACAUCGACGACUUCGACAACCUGGGCAACGGGGGCGGGGCGCUGCUGCUGCCGCCUCCCGCCCACGACGAAGGGCUCGUCCAAUCAGAUCCGCUGUCGGAGGACAACACGCCGGCCAGCCGGCAGCAGGAUGUGUGCUCAGUGACCAGCCUCCACAGCUUCCUGUCCGAGUCGGUAGACUGGGGAGAGAUGGGACUCACCGGUGGUAAGGAGGCGUUCUCGGUGCCGGGUGUGGGGGUGUCGAGUGACGGCGUGUUCCGGGACGGCUCGUCUCUGGACCUGUCCCCCUCGGACAGCUCGGGGGCCACCUACAUGUGGGACGACGAGGACGGCCUGGAGCCUCUAGGGGGCGCUAUGAUCCCCUGCCACAGCUACGACUCCGACCUCAACAGCAUGGACAUCCUCAACAAUCUGGACAACUUGGAGCCCUGCGACCUGGAAGAAGAUGACCUCAUGUUGGACGUGGACCUGCCUGAGGACGCCUCCCUGCACAGUGAGGCUGAUGGGAGAUGCCACUGGAGGAAGAUGCAGCAGCAGCUGUGGGCUAGACAGGAGCUCCUGCACAACAACAAUAACAGUAGAGAUGGGGUUCUGGAGACGCUGGAUGCUCUAGAUGGUCUGGAUGCUCUAGAUGGUCUAGAAGUUCUGGACGGGCUGGACGAGCUGGACGUUCUGGACGUUCUGGACGUGGAUCACGUGUCUCUGGACGAGCUGACCCUCCAGCACAUGGCCCAGGACUGCACCUCAGUCAAGAAUCAGCUGCUCCAGCUCAAACAGCUGCUACAGGUGGAGGAAGCCGACUGCAGUGAUGAAGGCGUGGCCUCAUCUGAUGCUUUCACUCCAGACUUAUCAGAGGAAGUCAGCUGUGACCAGCAGGUGCAGGAGCUUCUGAUGGAGAUGCAGAAGCUGAGAGAGGAGUUGAGGAACAAAGACAAGAUGAUCGCCCAACUUACCCAACAAAUGCAGAGUGUCCCUGAAGAGGUGGAGGCCAGCAGGUGUUCUUGUCACCUGAGCAAGUCUGAGGUCCAGACGGGCACGCGACCCCUGCACCAAGAUGGCACCACCCAAACACCGUGGAGAGGACACGCGGGCCUGCUGCCCCCCUCUCUCCUGCCCCCCUGGCUCUGCCCAAAGCAGGCCUACCCACGGGCUCGCCUGCCCUUUCUCCACCGACAGAGAGUGGAGCAUCUAGUGCAUUACUUCCGAGAUACAGCGUGCCUCAGACUCUACCGCCUUCCAGAGCCACUUCUGGUCCCCCCUCAGAGUGCACUAGUACCCCCCCUCCACACCCAGCAGGAGAGCUCCAGAGGGGGGGUCACCACCACCACCCUCCACACCCAGCAGGAGAGCUCCAGAGGGGGGGUCACCGCCACCGCCACCGCAGCCCGUCCAGCCAAGCCCCAGUCCUGCCCUCCGUCCUGCCUCCACACCCCGUCCACACCCGAGACCGCUGCACCCCAACACCCCCACCCCCACGCGCACCGCCACCACACACCCAGCGGGAGGAGGGGACGGGGGCGACCGGCCGGCCCCCCCAGACCGGAGCGUGCUCCCAGAGGCCCCCCCGUGGACCGAGCACAGCCACCCCCCUUCGAGGCGGACUCGCCGGCGCCCCCCCCCGUCCCUCUCCUGAACGCCCGGCUGGUGUCCGCCGCAGAGAGUGGGGGGGGUCAGCGCUCCGGGCAGCAGCCCCCACCUGCCCGAGGGCUGCCCAGCUUCAGUGCGGCCCCCCAGGCCUGCAUGCCCAGUCACGUGCCAGCGGCCAACCCCGGCAUGGGCAGCGCCCGCUCGGCUCUGGUGCCGCCCAGAGGGUACCGGCAGAUGCCCCUCGCCCCGUCCGGCCCCGCUAGAGACCUGGAGAACGGCUCCUCACACACACACACGCACACGCACGCACGCACACUGGCACCGCCCAACAACUCACGCCUACCCAAGCCAAAGAGCCACUGACACACACACACACACACACACACACAGACACACACACACACCGAGAUCUUUGUUCCUUCAGUUCCUCAGUCACACAGAUGAAAUUGCACAUAAACCACGCACAACAAAGCGUCUGAGAUAUCACCUAGGAGCAAGGCCAGACAGCAACAACCCUUACACACACACAUACACACACACACACACACACACACACACACACACACACACAUAUGUGCAUACCUGGUCCCCGCUAGCAUGAUCCUACUUUCCAAGCAGUGCAAGGUCAGCCAGGCUCUGCGUCUCAGUGGGUGUGCGGCGUCUCUGGCUCUGAUGUGUUUAGUAAACAUGGCGUUUAUCUGCGCCGCUCACACACUCUCAUCCAGACGCACACAUGGUAGCACCCGCUGCACAAGGUCACCCAAUAAACACAGAGCUUUUUAUUUAUUUAACUCGGCCUGUUGGUUUGUUCGUUUGUUUCUUUGUUGGAAGACUUUUUGUACCGAGCACACGGAGAGAUAGAAAGAGAGAGAGAGAGAGAGAGAGAGAGAGGGAGUCGGCACACAAUAGCAACACACACACACACACUCUCACACAUACAUACACACACACCAUUACAUGGUGGUCCACGCUUUAACAAGCCAACUUAUGCAUUAUUAAACAAUUAACUUAAAUUAUUAAAAGUAGUUUUCUAAAAUGAAUGCUUACAGGAUGUCCUUGCCUGGACCAUUAACAGUCAGGUCAUCUCUGCAAAGGUGGACUUCUGCAUUGUUAGAACCCACGUGGUUAUAAAACAUUUAUUACACACUGCUACCAUAGCAGAAAGAGGAGCCAGAGUGGCCGAUGGGAAAACACUUCUAUUUUCUGGGGAGGUUUUGGCCAGUGGUUUUAAAUCCUACAACACACUGAAAAAACUCCCAAGCCCAAAUUGCUUCCUACAAAACACUGUGUUCAAAUGUCAUCAAAGCAGCAGCUUGUGAAAAGCGUGAACAAACAGGCGUAUAAUUGAGUUUGGAGUUUGGCUGGUGGGUGGAAGGCCCAGCACGCGUUGGCCAUUGUCACUUGUGGUGUGUGUGUGUAUGUGCGUGCGUGCGUGCGUGCGUGCGUGUGUGUGUGUGUGUAUGUGUGUGUGUGUGUGUGUGUGUGUGUGUGUGUGUGUGUGUGUGUGUGCGUUGCUCCUGACUCACUGACUGUGGGAUGAUGCCACCACCCUCCCACUGAUCCCCUUGGCUGGGUCUGCUUCAUCACUGGCUCAUGUCCAUUAGGGUUGAGUUGAUUUGACACACACACACACACACACACACACACACACACACACACAGCUAAGAUGUCGUCGACUGAUCGCUCUUAGAGAGCUCGAUCCUGAGAAGAAAAGUUAGUCUGGCAGAGAGGCCACAGACACAUAAACACAUCUGAUUUGGACCCGAGCAAAUCUAUGCUGCUUUGACUGCUAUUUAGCAGAUGAUUUUAUCCAAAGUAACACAUAUUAGCAAGAGACUUUGGGAAUCAAAUAUGUUACCGCAUCCUAGUAAUGGAUUAGGAGGAUUAGACUCUGGGCUCUAUAGAGUACCGUCAAAUGGAACUGAAUGCAACACUUCCCUCUUCCUGUGAUAGGCCAACCUCUGCAAUGGAACACUUCCCUUUGGUUCCUGUGAUAGGCCAACCUCUGCAAUGGAACACUUCCCUUUGGUUCCUGUGAUAGGCCAACCUCUGCAAUGGAACACUUCCCUUUGGUUCCUGUGAUAGGCCAACCUCUGCAAUACCAACAGCCUCAGCGUGAGCAGGAGGCUACUCUGUGGGGGUAGUGUAGGGGCAGCCGUGGUCUACUGGUCAGGGUGUGUGUGUGUGUGUGUUGGGGCAGCCGUGGCCUACUGGUCAGGGUGUGUGUGUUGGGGCAGCCGUGGCCUACUGGUCAGGGUGUG